AUGCAACCCCCCCUCUUCCCCCUCUCCCGAAACAACCACCGCGGCCGCUCAAAAGCGAUAAUGAACUACGACGCCCUCCCCACCCCCUCCUCCAAGCCCGAAGCCACCGACUUCCUGCAGACGCUCCUAAACAAGAACCUCAGGGUGGGCACCACGGACGGGAGGAUGUUUUGGGGGAGCUUCAAGUGUACUGAUUCUGACUGCAAUCUCGUCCUCCAACAUACCUACGAAUACCGCCCCCCCCCCCUCACCCAACUCCAAUCAGCCGCCGCCGCCGCCGCAAGCUCAGAUCCCCAGUCCAAAAAAGUGGUCAUGGAUAUGACAUCCCGCUACCUAGGUCUAGUCGUCGUACCAGGCCAAUACAUCACAAAGAUCGAAGUCGAAGAAUUCGCCAGUCAACUCAAGGCCACAGAGCGCAAACAGCAGCAACAGUCACAACAACAACAACAACAACAACAACAACAACAACAACAACAACAACAACAACAAACAACAACACGCAAGGCAGAAAUUAGUUAG